CCCCAUCUCAUCACCCAAGGUGCAGAACGUAGCUUUUGGAUCUCUAAAAGUUCAACCAUGAGACUCCCUGUUCUCUUCACUCUGGCCGCGGUGCACUGGUCCGCCCGGGCACAGGACGAGUUCCCACUACGUCAACUUACAGAAGACAAUUUCAGAGCUUCUACUUCUCGAGGUGUAUGGCUGGUCGAACAUUUCUCACCUAAAUGUUCUCACUGUCGGGCUUUUGCUCCCACUUGGACCCGACUAGCUCAAGAUCAUCAACACCUCGAACGGUUGUCAGGUUUCCAUAUGGCCCAAGUGAAUUGUAUAGCUCAAGGUGAUCUAUGCAACACCAACAAUAUAAAAUACUACCCUCAACUCAUCUUAUACACAGACGGUCAACCCAUCACUUACAGUGGUGAUCGAACAUAUGCGGCUUUAUCAAAAUACAUCGAAGAUUACGCUAUGGAAUAUGCCAGAGGUUAUUUGUUGAGUAAAGAUAGCGAACAAGAGGUCGUGAGUGCAUAUGGAAGACCCAAUGUCGAGGGAAAGGUCGUGGAGGUGGAUGAAAGUAGUCUGGAGAGGAUCAAGGAGGAAGGACCCGUCUUAGUGGAUUUCUUCGCACCUUGGUGUGGACAUUGCAAAAAGCUUCGACCCAUAUAUGAAGAACUGGCUAAGCAACUACAAGGAAUACUUAAUGUCGUAGCUGUAGAUUGUGAGGCCAAUCGAAAGUUAUGUCAUAAGGAAGGGAUCCAAGGAUACCCUACCAUUAGAAUAUACCACCAUUCUACCAGGUCCGAAUAUUCGGGUGCUAGAACGGUAGAAAAAUUGAAAGCUUUCGCUUUGAAAGCUGUAGAAAGCGUAUCACUCCAACCUAUCAGACUGGAAGAUUUUCAUGAAAUCGUCGAAAAAGAUGAAGCCUUCUUUCUGUACUUGCAAAACUUUGAUACUUCCGUUAGCGAUCUGGAAACAGUCAAGAAAGCUUUGGACCCAUUACUCGGUUCUAUACCAGCUUACACAUCCGCUGAUCUUCUUUUAUACAAAAAUCUAUCCAUCGCCAACCCUCCACCCACUUCCGUUCUUCUCGCUUUCUCCUCUCAUUCCACAAUACCGGUCGGAACAGUCGCUUUCCCUUCUUCUGCAGAUGCAGUGGGAAAAUUCGUCAAUCUUCACAGGUGGCCGACGUUGGUGCAACUGACAGGAUCAAAUUAUGUGGACAUCAUGAAUUCCCCUUUGAAAUCUACUGUCGUGCUUGGGGCAUUGAAUAAAGGUCCAGAGGGAGAUAAAGAGAGAGAAGAGUUGGAAAAGAUGUCGAGGGCUUGGAAGAGGGGUGGAAGAGGGUUUAAUCAACCUGUUUGGUUUGUCUGGGUUGAAGGUGAGAAAUGGGCGGCUUGGUUGAAACAGUCUUAUGGGAUCAAGAAAAGUGCGUUACCCGCCGUAGUGGUCGUUGAUACACCUCUGAAAGAAUACUACGACACAACGAUAGAAGGUACCAAAGUGACCUUUGACGGGGGUUCUGUGUUUUCUGUACUGGAAGGGUUUUAUCAGCAUUUCUUACUUCCGAAAAGGAGCGAAUCUGCUUUGGAGUGGGGAUCGAGAAGCGCUACCAUGACAUUGUUUCAUAUCGGGCACUUCUCUGGCGAUCAUCCCCUCCAAGCCCUCGGAAUACUCGUCGGCGCCGUAGCCCUUUUCGUGUUCUUAUUACAACGGUGUAUACCUCGAGAUAGUAGAGAAACGACACCAUACGGCGGUCCACGACUUGAUUAG